CAGGAAAGCUCAUAGAGCACCGCGUCUGGGUUCCUUUGUUUGUUGCGGUAUAGAAAUAUCUCUUUCAAACUCACUUGUCAACUUUCAAUGGAUGCAUAUGUGGUAUCGAGUCAGCCCCGCCUCGUACGGCCUAUGUGUGACCACAUCAAUUUUUAUAUCAGCUAAUAAAAUACGGGUAACGGCAUGCCUGAAUAAAGAUCGAAUGAUGUCUUUAGAUUAAAGUUUGGCCCCGGUUCAAAGCUUAUUCAGAACAGAUACUUAAGAAGGUGCAUGACGAACGCACGAAGCCCUUUUUGACCUCGAACGAAUGCGCAUGGGUUAUUCGGCUGACGAGAUCGCAGCGGCCGGGAGUCUACAGUACUUGGCGUACAUAUGUACGUCGAUGGCGACAUUCUGGAUCUAUGAUUAUGUCUGUUCACUUAACGAAGAGUGGACGUUCCUGUGUCGGUCGCGCUGGACCAAGGUAAAAGUCCUUUAUAUCAUAGCGCGAUAUGUUCCCUUUCUAUUCGUCAUCACGAAUAUAUUUCUGAAUUUCGACCCGAACGAGAACCCUAAAAAAUGCAAGAUUCUGGUGGAUAUCUACUCCAGUUUUGGAGUGAUAUCGCUCGCUUGCUCUGAAUCCUUUUUCGUGCUAAGGACAUAUGCGCUUUGGAACAGCAAUAAGAUCGUACUUGUAGCCAUGCUGUCCGCCCUUUUCGUUGUCAUUGCAUCGUUCAUCGGCAUUUGUUUUAGCGCUAUCGCCACCUCUUAUGUUACGACUAGCGCGAUACCAGGCAUCACAGGCUGCUACCGGAGCUCGACCAGCCUCCAAUUCCUCAUGCCAUUCCUUCUCUUGUUUCUCUUUCAGCUGGGACUGGUCUCCUUAACACUCAUACGUGUCGUCCAGACCUGGCGAUCGUCCAACAGCACCAUGUACGCCGUUCUAACGAAGCAUAAUGUGUUUUACUAUGCAUGCGCUCUGUUUCUCUCGGGCAUGAAUGUCCUUGCGCCAGUAAUGUUUUCUAAUCCUAUAUGGUACUCCCUCCUCGAAGAUUUGGAGGCCUUUAUCCUUGCGAUCCUCGCCACACGCAUGCACCUCUAUCUCUGGCAUGUUGAUCGACACGUGCAUGGCUCUCAGAUCCUCGCGUGCAUUUCCAUGUCCGAUAUGACAUCUACGGUCACCACGACGUGACCUCUCGUGGCGUGGAGUUUAUUUGGUGUCGUUCAUGAAGCGAGACUUGACCUACGAGAUGGCUGGUCGAGGGUGGCUUGGCGUGAUGAAUACCUUUCCGUUUUGAAUCUUGAUUCAUAUCGCAGAGCAGAGGCUACAUAAACUGUUUGUAGAUGUUCAUGCUCAACGAUGAGAACUCCCGCCUGUUGCAAUAUGUUCUGGAAUUCCAUUCACAAAUUCCUGCUUUGUAAAUAUCUUUUCCUGCAGAGCAAGUCCAAGUCCCAG